AUGUUAGGUCUUAGAGUGGCCGCAGCAGGCCCUGCAGGUAGCCGGAGUAUGGAGCCCAUGGGCCUUCAUAGCACCUCCCAAGCCCUGUACAUGGUCCUUUUAAUAGUGCUGGUCAUGAGGAGCUUGGUGUUUGGUAAUUUUGAUCCUGUCAAUCCGGAACCCCCUCAUCCAGCUCAGUUCUCCAAAUAUCUGCGCUGCUAUCGAUGCCUCUUGGAGACCAAGGAGUUGGGAUGCCUUCUGGGAUCUGACAUCUGCCUUGCCCCUCCUGGCAGCAGCUGCAUGACUCUGCUCAUAAAGAACAGCAGUGGUUCUGACAUCAUGGUGAGUGACUGCCGCCGCAAGGAGCAGAUGAGUGAUUGUUCGUAUACCCGCUCUUCUCCAGUGUUUGGCUUCUGGAUAUUUUCUCGAUGCUGCUUCCUGGAGUUCUGCAAUAACCCUCAGAACAGAGUGUUCUAUAUUCCUUAGAACUUCCGCAGAGACUUUUAGAAUAAAACCCUGCUAGUUGCCAUCCAUCUUCCUGAUUUCCAUCUGGGUGGCAGAGCCAGAACAACUUCUAGUCCCUUUUACCGGCCCUAUUGGCCUCCUAGUUGACACCCAACACCCCUCUUCCCACUCAGCCCCUCCCCCAGGUCCCCUCUCCAGAAUUCUGAGUUUUCCCUUCAAGUCCUCACGGUUUGAUGGCUUUACUCUUCUCUCCUCCCAUCUCUCAGCUGUUUCUUGGCCUUGCUUUGCCCCUUCUCCCACCAUGGGCCUCUCUAGCCUCAAGUCCCCAGGUGUUCCUCGCAAAUAAAUUGGUGUACAAACUGUA